GGAGGGCGCAUCAGUCGAAUAUAAACAAACGAACUAGUUCCCUACGCGACGAAAAACAAACAAAAACAAUGUCUCUUAUGCCGUAUUGGUUGCGUCAUUUGAGGAAUGUGGCUUACCGGGAUCCAGUUGCCAGGAUUUUAGAAGACCCAUUUGCUGUGUUUGCCAAAGAUCCUUUCUUUCGCGAUCCGGUAAAGUUUAUCAGACAGAUUUCGGCCCCACUCGAGAAAGAACAGCAUGGAAUCGAAGGCAUCUAUUCCGACUCAGAGGUCAAAGUGGAUGGCAAAAAAGUUGAAGUGCAUUUGGAUGUUCAGAAUUUCACGCCAGAACAGAUAGAAGUGAAAACGGUCGGGAACGAGAUUAUGAUCGAAGGUAAGAAGGAAAUUAAGCGUGAAGACGGAUGGACGAAGAGUCAUUUCGAAAGACGUUUCCUGUUACCGGAGGGCUUUCCCCCAGAGAGGGUGGAGUGCCACCUUGAUAAGGGAAAAUUGAAGUUGGUGGCGUUUAGAGCUGAACCACUCCCGGAACGAAAAAUACCUAUCCAAGAUAAGUCUGAAGAUAAGGCGUAAAACUGUAUAUAACCAUAUAUAUACAUAUGUAAUGUAGCAAUAUUUAUUUUUCAGACUGAAUAGUUUUAUAUACUUUCGUAUUUUAAGUUUGUUAUGUAAUUAGAAAAUAAAUAAAUUGAACAAAAUUUAA